AUGAGUACUACAAAGAAUGAACCAUAUCGCUUUCAAGCACGUUUAGUUGGUGGAAAUUUUAUUGAAUUACCAGUGGAACAAUUACGACGCAUUGCAAAUGCUAGUGGAGUAGAUUCCAUCGAACAAGAAACGAAACAUUUUUCAUACAGUACAACUUUACAUGGUCCGCUACGACUCUACAAAGGAAAGGGAUAUGGAAAAAUAUUUUGGUGUUCGGUAAUGUUUUCUGCUGCAGUGUUCUUAUCACUUCAAAUAAAUAUAUUGGUAGCAUAUUUCGUGUCACAUCCAACCGCGACAUCUGUCACCUUUGUCCCCGCUGAACUGCUUCCUUUACCAGCAGUAACCGUAUGCAACUACAAUCCAAUCACCAAAAAUUAUGUUCAAUAUUUGAAUGAAUCCAGCAGCGGUGCUGGCUAUUUCACUAAUGACUUAUUGCGCUAUAUGACAAUGGCUUACAGUGAGGUGGAAGACUUAUAUUUACAUGCGAACAACGAUACAGUCGAACGAGGCCGACAAGCAUAUGAAUAUUUUCAAAGGAUUUUUACAGAAUAUCCAUUCAAUAUUGAGAAUUUCUUCUCACGAGCAGGGUUUGCUUGUCAUGAAAUGCUCAAAGUUUGUUCUGUGGGUGGUACCAAGUUAGACUGUUGUGCGAUGUCACGAAAAGUGCUCACUGAUCUCGGUUCAUGCUUUGUAUUUUCUCUCGAUGACAUGAAAUUAAAUCAGACCCAACCAGGCAUUUUCAAUGGAUUGCAAUUGAUAUUGGAUGCUGGAGUAAAUGAUGCUAUCGCUGUUAAUUAUGCUGAAGAAGGAAAUAACCUACCAAUUUUCUCUAACAAUCUGGAAGAUGGCUUUCGAUUAUACGUUCGAAGUGAAAAUGAGUUAGCAUAUUCAUAUACAGAAGGCCUUUCAGUCUCACCUGCCUAUCGUGCAUACAUUGCUUUGAAUUUAGAAACUUUUCAUUUUCUCACUCCUGAGAAUUGGGGAAAUUGUACACAUACCUGGCCAUUGAAAUCGCCUCAGCGAGCAUUUCGUUUACCAUACACAGCUAAAAAUUGUGCAUCACUUUGUCAACAAAUAUAUUAUGAACAAAGAAUUAAUUGCACUCCACUAUUAUACAGUGUUGGCGAUGCUCAUCUGAAUACCUGUACGCCAAACGAACUGCAUGCAUUCAUGCUUGAAGUUGCUGAUCGGACAAACAAUAUUAAUGGCCCUGAAUGCGCGGAUAAUAUCUGUCCAACAUCUUGUGUAACUCAUGAAUAUAAGGCAUCGAUAACUUAUGGAUACGGAUUUUCUGAAAGUGCUAUGGAUUGGCUAACAAGCACAAACAAUAAGUGGACUCAUAAGCAUAUCAAGGAUGUUUUGGAAAAUUUUGCUGUAGUCAAUAUCUUUUAUCGCGAAAUGUCUUAUUUAUUGAAUGAACAAAUGCAGUCAACAUCAUUGGUGGAUGUAUUAAGUAAUAUUGGAGGAAAUAUGGGAUUGUUCUUUGGAGCAAGUGUGAUAACAGUCAUUGAAUUAGUUAUAUUUUUAUCCAAGUUAGCUUGGAUUGCAUUUUCUAGCCAACGUCGUGAAUACAUGUUCCACAAACGUCAAAAGGAACGUGAUCGUGAGCAACGCCUUACAUCAGUAAUCAAUAUCGCUGCUCAUUCGAGGCGAAGCUGUGAUGAUGGAAGGGAACGCAUUGAAAAGAAAAUGAUCCAUAAUCCAAAAAAUACAAUUUAA